GUCUACAUCAUAACAAACUGGUGGUGCACGUUUCAGACGUAAAACAUAUACUUAUAUAAGUAUAUAAAUAAAAUUUGUGAUACGAAACCAAUAAAUAAUACUCAUUGCCAGUUAUUUUGCUGAAUUUCUCCGAUGGCUACAAUAACAGAUUUGCCCGACGAUGUGAUUUUUAUUAUUCUGGAAAACAAAAGCAUCAGCUACGAGGAUAUCGCGAAUUUUCAGUCCACGUGCAAAAGACUUCAGCAGAUAACACUAUCCAACAAAUUUUGGGAAAGGAAAUAUUAUCAGAGCUGUCCUACUGCAGAAAAUAAAUAUAACAAAACGAAACAAAAGAAAAUAUUUCAUCAAAACAAUUUCAAAGAAAAACUAAAAGCAGGAUUAUAUCAUGUUCAAAAGUUCCAAAAUUAUGCGUCUUUGAUGUCAGAAAAUAACUUAACUGAUAUUGACAAAAAACAAUUCGAACACCAUUUGCGGUCAACUGUUCAAAUUUCCAUGAUAUAUUAUCUUGUGCGGGAUGAGAUAGAAAGAAUUUCUGCGCAAAAAUUAUACCAAUUGUUUCCCAAUUUGACGCGUGAAUAUUACUUGAAGCUGACUUGUCACUACCUAAAACAGUAUAGAUUUAUACACAAGCAAGUGAAACUUAUGUCAAAGUUGAAGACAAAAUUUCUUUUAGAAAAACAACUUACGAUUAUAGCGCAAUAUUUUCAGCCACAUGUCUCUUAUUGGGCUAUAAAAACGUGGCUAGAUGAAAUAGCGCAGACAGUAUUAUCUCGUCUGAUGGAAAAAUAUCCAGCCCAUUCAAUUUUCUCUGCGACUUCAGAGCAAUUUUCUUUUUGGAGUGAUAAUAAUAUUGCGGACAAUUUCUGGAAUGAGACAGAGUCAAGGCAAAUUAUAGAUGUUCUCGAGGAAUACAUAUUUUGUGACUUAGUGAUUUAUAAAUUGCCUCGAUUAAUGAAGAUAUUGCAUCUCGAAGAA